AUGAAGUCCACCUGCAAGACAAGUGGCAUUCAACCGAUUCAUGAUGCCAGCGCUCAGAAAACUACCCAAAGUCGCUCGUCCUGCGACAAGGGUGCAACUCUUUCCAAGCAGUCUACGGCGGUCGACUGUUAUUCCCCAUAUUCAAGGACAGUCAGUGGUCGUAUACACGUCAUAUCUGCCAUAUUAGAAGACGCGCCGGAUUUUGCUAGGCGUUCUGGAGGUAUAAUAUCGGAUUACCUCUUCGAAAGAAUCGAUGGUUGCCCGUCGUGGCAUAUCCAUAUGGCAGGUCGAAGAAUGGGGGAAUCUCUUGACCAUCGGAAGGCUUCUUCACUGCACCCUACCCUUGUCCAGGGAUGGAAGUAA